AUGUUAUUUCAAUUCGUAUUUAGUGCUUUUCUUUUGGACUAAACUUAUCACCUUAAUCAUUGUUUUUACUUUUUGUCAAGUGAUAUGAAAAAUUCUUUUCUACGAUAUAAAGAUUUCAAGAAAUACGAAUGUGCACCAAGAAACCUUGUCUUAUAACUUGUUAUAAUAAAUAAAUCGCAGUCGGACUGAAUAUAUCUUCCCAUCACAUUACAAAAAUAAUUGAAAGAUAUAUAAUACCACGCAGGUGAUUUAAUAGCUAUUGUAAGGAUAAGACUCUUUUGUUUUUCUUACCCGGCCAAUAUAAAAAGUAAACGAUUUGCCGACUGUAAUCAAAAUUGUUUAAAACCUGUUCAAAGAAGGUCUUUCAUCUUAGCUUGAUCCAUUUGCGAACAGGAGCGACAUGAAUCAGUCACAAGAGCUGAAAGUCUUCGAAGUUUCAUGUCGCGUUUUGGGAACUGUCCAUUCGAUAAUAACAAAACUUCCAACUAAAAGGUUGCUGAUCAAUCAGAUUAUCGCAAUCGUAUUUAACGCAGUUUUAAUAGUUCCCACGAUAUUACUCAACGGCGUUGCAGUAGUGACUAUCUUAAAAUGUCACCAACUGAAGAGCAAGCCCUGCUAUUUCAUAAUCCUGCUUCAGUCCGUGAAUGAUUUGGCAGUGGGUGUGCUGGGACUACCUUCUUUCGUCUAUUUUCUUUCAACGAGGAUUGGAGCAGGGUCAAACUGCAUCAUCGCGACCCUCGCAUUGCGUUCGACAUUUAUUCCACUGGGAAUAUCUGCCUGCACAUUAUUGGUCAUGACGAUGGAGAGAUACAUCGCAAUCUUACAUCCCUAUGCUUACGUUACUCAGGUGACAAAAAGACGGCUGUUGAUAUUUGUGUGCACCAGCGCCGCGAUACAGUUCACAGUGUCUGUUCUCUCUUUUGCAUUUACCCGAUUUCUGGAGAUGUAUGUAUUGGCACAGGUAUCGAUUGUGUUCAUCUUCAUUGGAUUUGCCUACACCAGAAUAUUCCUGAUCAUUAGGAAGUUGAAAAGUUCAGAAGCCAGACCGCAGGUUGCUUUCUCUGCAGAGAACAUGACAAGGAAGAAGAUGUUUCUUCAGGAGAUAAAACAGGCAAAAUCUUGUUUCAUUGUUAUCCUCACCUACUUGAUUCUAUCGCUCCUUCCAACCGCCAUUGUUAUUCCUUUCACGUUGAAUAUCGAUGAUAUUCAAUACUUGGCAAUUAGAGCCUUGAGCAUUUCAUUAGGUUUUUGCAAUUCUAGUUUCAACUCAAUUGUAUUCUUUUGGACGAAGACGCUGUUAAGAAAAGAAACUUUUAAGUUGUUGAAGGGCAUGUUCUAAAUAUAUUAAACGCCAAACUCACUAAUAAGCAUGCAAACCAGAAAUACGAAUUGUAGUCUAUACUGAUACAGAAAUGAUAGGUUUUCGGCUUGAAACUUGGUAUAAACACCAAUUUCUGCGGUGUUGGUUUGACAAACAGAGAACAAACACACUGCUAGUGAAGUUCAUAUCAAAUGUUCUAUUCUAAACACGUUUAAGAAUCUUGUAUGUAAAAAUUGCUAAUGUAUAUUGGGGGCUAAGUGUGAAAUAA